UCGAGAUGCUAGGAGGGACCCCACAGUCGCAUUAACAGUUUUAAUAUAAUCAAAUGUAAAUAAUAUCAUUUAUUUUAUUUAAGUUAGUUUUUGAAAAAUGAAGAGAUUAUUUUAUGUUUGUAUCAUCGGACUAAGCUUAUUCCUCAUCUAUGGAUCAUGCAUUGCAGACGAAACACAGACUGGGGAGACAUUCUGGUGUCACGUGUGUUCGUAUACAGUAAAUGACCAGGCCAACGGCUUCGAUUGUCUCAAUAAUACAGACGAAAUGCACGACCUGCAGAGUCGCAUUAAGUGUGGCAACUACUGUGUCAUACAAGAACAAUGGGACAAAGGUAAAAAGGAGAUCAACUCUGUGUUUCGAUCGUGCAGCACCAACUGGGGGAACCAGUGUUAUGAUGACAACAAGUACAUCACAUGCAGAGGCUCGUGCAAGGGAGAAUACUGUAAUAACAGCACGGUGACAGAGAAGAACCGCUUCGACGAGUUGUGUGAUGAGUUAUCUUGUGAAAAAUCGGGUUCGUCAGAUAUCCGCGGCAACCUGAUAUCCUUUCUCAUCUGGCUAAUAAUAUUCGUGUGUAUGUGAAACUUUGGGUCUGACAUUUGGUAUGCGUUCUAUCUUAUUAGACAUGUCUGUUGGUUUGACGUCUUGUGCGAAUUCCAUUUUGUUCGGAACGUUUCAUUAUAGUCAAUAACUUGACCGACGUGUUUCGAUUUUGAGUGGUACUUAUGUGAUAGUUCAAUAUAUGUUUGACUAUCACCUCGUAAAUACUGUUAAAUAACCAAUUUUCCAUUGGUAAAUAUUUUCGCAAAUUACAGGUGCAAGCAUUGAUGUACAUAUUUCCAAAACACCAUUUAGUGGAAUUAUAUACUUCAGUAAUAGCCAUCAAUGCGAAAACAUCACACUUAUUUCUCUUUUUAUUUAUGUCAUCAUCUUUGUUUCAAACUGCAGUUAUGAGAAUUAAAGUCGACAGUUAGUGUUGUUGUUGUCAUAAUUUUUUAACGUGAACAUAUUUGAUGAUUCAAUGUGUAGAUGAAUCACACUGGAUCAUGGCGAAGAUCAUUUUUUUCUGAUGGUCUACCAAUAAUAGUAAUGUGUAGCACUUAACCUAUAUCCCACGCGUUUAUGCAAUUAGAAGAGAAGCAGCAGAUGUCCAUGCAUUAAUGAUUGAUCAUAUUUAUCUAAGAGAGAAUAUAGUACGAGCUCCAUUAUUUCUUCGUCCAAGUUUCCUCUGUCACUGACACCAGACUUGGACAUUUUGACAGAGAUCUGUCAGCAUUUAUCUGUCAGAAUGUCUAAUUCUAAUGUAGGGGCUAGAGGGAAAUCGGACAACACUAGUUCUGCGAGCAAACUCCCAAGAUUGGAUAUAUAUAAUUCAAGCAAUUAUCAAGAGUUGAUUCUCUGAUGUAUUCCAUAACUCAUAUAUAUUUAAGUAGAAUCUACCUCGUGGACCGAAAGUGAUGGCUCAAACAUCACUACAGGACAAAAUGAGAUUAUUAUAG